AUUAAACAAACGUUGGAGUCGGAACAGGAAGUUAAUGCUACACCUGUCGCUGCUUCUUUACUUCUAUCUUAACACCUUCUGCCACCUAGAUCAUUUCUUUGCUGUUGGUGUUUUUAAGCCCCAUCAUGACAGACGUAGCGGAGGAAGGAGCGCCCAGUGAGGAGCAGCAGCCCCCGCUGAGCUGUUCUCCCGGGGGCUCGGAGCACAGUCUGCCUGCUGCCCCCACAGAGGGCACGGAGGAGCGGGCAGAGGAGGUGGCAGCAGCCCGCCCCCAGCACCCGGACAUCACUGCGGAGCUCCCUCUGGACCAGUUCAGGAUCAGAAAGUUCUUCGUGUUGAGGCCUGGAACUCUGAGUCAGGCCAUGAGAGACGUUGAAGCGCUGGUGGAUGGAGAGGUGGAUGGCAGUGUUCAUGGGGUCUGGCUGAUGGCAGAGGUGGAUCACUGGAACAAUGAGAGAGAGCGCCUUGUCCUCAUCACAGACAGCUCUCUCCUUGUCUUCAAGUACGACUUUGUCAUGUUCAACUGUGAACAAAUCCAGAGGAUCCCGCUCAACUUUGUGGACCGCAUCUCCUGCGGCAAAUUCAGCUUCCCAAAGCACUCCUUGCUGCAGAGAGAAGGGGAGGGGGUGCGAGUGUUCUGGGACCGGCUGCGAGAGCCCUCCUUCACCUCCAAGUGGAACCCCUUCGCCACGGACUUCCCAUUUGUCACCUUCAUCCACCACCCGGUCGGGUCUAUCAGCGACUCGUUCUCUGCUCUCUGCGACAUCCAGAAGUUCCAAGAGCAGCUCAGGGAUGCAGCGCAGAAAGUCCACGCUGUGAAGCCAGUUCCUGGGAAGGCCAAUGGGGUCCUGGUCCUGAACCAGCUCAUUCACAUCGAGGCCUACGUGGGCAUCAUGUCUUUCCUGGGGAACCAGAACAAACUGGGAUACUGCAUGGCUCGAGGAAACAUUGGCUUCUAACCGUCUGCAUGUAUACGAUAGUUGUGUUGUAGAUACGUUUGUUCACAAAGAGUUUAUUUUAAAAUUGUAUAAGGAUGAUUGUUUUUGAUUAGAUUUGUGUUUAGUGUCACAUUGAAGCCUGGAUUUUCAGGAUGUUCUGUAUGAGGAUUGCAUACCCCCCCACACUGUUUGUACCAGAGUGUGGUGUCCGAGUAUCCACGUCUAACACGGCUCUGCACCGGAUCCCCUGCUGCUCUCAAGGCGCUUUGUGUUGGCUCCUCAGUCAUAUGCUAAUCUGAUUCUUUCUCAAAGGGACCUUUGUUCUGUCUCUCAUUCCCAUGCUCUCAGCCCCUUGAGAUUCACAUAUUAUGCUUUAGUUUUAUCAUCUAAAGUGUGUUAUUACAGUGCAUACAGUGCCUGUGUGUUGAGUGUCGCUUUGCCUCUUUUGGCAUCACCUGUUUCUCUGUUGAGCUGUGACAGACAAGAAAAAUAAAGGCCUGCAUAUUUG